GUAGAAUAGUUAUGUAGGUUGGAAUGCAAAUUGUUUGUGGUUAGUCUAGUGAUAUGUCAUAUCAACAACAUUUUCACUGUAAUAUUUUGUUGUCCAACAAAGUUAUUUAGAAUGUUCACGGCUGUAUUUUAUUAUGGACAGCUAUCAACCCGAAUAUGACAAGAACGGAGUUUUGUCUGACACAUUUUGGAAGACUCCACAGCGCGCGAUCCCGGGCAGGCCUUUACAGACGGUCAAACGGACCGAGGUUAUGUCUGGGUCAUCGUAUCAACAGUUUCAGGCGUCUGUGAACGACGCCUGGGACAUGGGCGACGACGAUAUUAUAUCUGGAAUCGCUGAAACUAAAAUAUCAAAGGCCAUAUCACAAACUGCUGCUUUGAACGUGAUAAAUUCGCAUAGAAAUAGUAGUAGGAACGUAAAGAAAAAUGACGUAAAAGUUGAGAGUGAGAUUGUGAAGCCGAAGGCUGAAGCGGUGGAAGUGAAGAAAAAUGAAGUGCGGAAAUUGGGUGCAGGGGGUUCGGGUCCCAUGCGGCAUUAUCCUGGAAGGCCGAGGCCGGUGAGACUGUCAGCACUAACUUCUCGAGAGGAGAGCAGUGAAUCCAAGUUAGAGAGGUUCCAGCAGAUGCACGACAGCGCCGUCAUAGACCUUAAUGAACUCAAACAGAUUAGUUGGUCUGGCAUUCCAGUCAAAGCUAGAGCUAUAACAUGGCGGCUACUUGCUGGCUACUUGCCCCCUAACGCAGAGCGGCGAGCAGAAACCCUGGAGAGAAAGAGAGCGGACUAUAAGCAUCUAGUACGACAAUACUACGAUGCAGAGCGAGACGACGAUACUUACAGACAGAUUCAUAUAGAUAUACCUCGGAUGAGCCCCCUUGUGGCUCUCUUCCAACAGAUCACUGUGCAGGUGAUGUUUGAGCGAAUCCUGUACAUCUGGGCUAUUAGACACCCAGCAUCAGGCUACGUGCAAGGCAUCAACGACCUGGUGACUCCAUUUUUCAUGGUCUUCCUGCAAGAGGCGGCCCCCGGCCAGGAGUUGGACAACUUUCCCCUGGACAAGUUGACUGAGGAACAGCGGGACAUCAUAGAAGCUGACUCCUUCUGGUGCCUCUCCAAGUUCCUGGACAGCAUCCAGGAUAAUUACAUAUUUGCUCAACUUGGUAUCCAAUAUAAGGUAAACCAACUAAAAGAGCUGAUACGUCGCAUAGACCUUCCCCUACACGAGCACCUGCAGACCCACGGCGUCGACUACCUUCAGUUCUCAUUCAGGUGGAUGAACAACCUCCUCACCAGGGAAAUACCACUCCCUUGCACCAUUCGUCUUUGGGACACCUACCUCGCAGAGUCUGAUGGGUUCGCGACCUUCCAACUAUACGUCUGUGCUGCCUUCCUCCUGCAUUGGAGAGAGAGGCUCAUGCUAGAAAGAGACUUUCAAGGCCUGAUGAUACUCCUACAGAACGUCCCGACACAAAACUGGACGGACUCUAACAUUAGUGUGCUGGUAGCUGAAGCUUAUAGGCUCAAGUUUGCAUUCGCAGACGCACCGAACCAUUUACACAACGCUGGCAAGUCGGACAGAUGACCUGGCAGGUAGCCUGGUACUCUUACUGUCGCGGAACGAUGUCUACGUAUAUGAGGAUCACAAUCCAAGGUCAUUAUCUAUACACGUAUUAUUCAUAAACGCAUUAUACCUAUAUCAUAAAGACAGAUGUUGUACAACCAGUAUAAUGCUGUAGUGUCCCAUUUUAACAUCAAGCUUCCACAAGGGCACAGCGUUUCAAUCAAGUGGCCUGUUAGUAUGAAAACAAAAAAAAA